AUAUUGAUGUAAAAUUAAAGCAAGCGUUUCCGUGUUAACCACUUCAUCAGGAUACAGCUCUAUACUGCGCCAGAUAGAAAAUCAUAUAUAUAAUUGAUUCAAGUCAAACAUAAGUAUUUUGAUUAAACAUUUGAAUAGCACUAAGGAAUUUCGAAAAUGGAGAAUAUUUUGUGUUUUCCUAAGAGACUGUUUAAUUCAUGGCGAGGUAGAGAUGUGGGUUUAGCAUUAUUAGUUAUCACGUUGAAUGCAGAAACAGUUAGUAAGGGGAACUGUGUAAACGAUCGGUACGUAGAACCAGGAGGCGAGUGCUGUACGAACUUCUAUCUGAGCAAUGGUGAAUGUAUUGCCUGUCCCGCUGGUUCCUAUGGAGACAACUGCUCGACAACUUGCCCACAUCCGUCUUACGGGGAGAACUGUGGUCAUCAGUGUGUUUGUAGUCAGGGGGAAGAAUGUAACCCAUUCAAGGGCUGUGUCAGGAUAACCACUGCACCUCCUUCGUCUACAGCCAUUCUCCGCAAUUCUGUAACAGAAUCCGUUCCCUACACAAGUAUAAAACCAGCAAAGAUUAAGGAAUCAACACAAAACUUAAAGGCGGAAACAAAGCUUACUCUGGACAAUUCAAAAAUAAAUUUAGAAACCAGAUCAUCCGUUUCAUAUGGAGUCAUUGUAAAGACUACAACAGAACCAACUUCCGGCAAUUCACAAACCAUGUUUGUCAUCAUAAUUACAGGAUCUGUUCUGUCUUUAUUUCUAAUCAUAAUAAUCAUUAACCAGGUUCAUGGAAAAUUAAGAAAACAGAGGAAAAGCAUCUCAAUUAACAAUAAAACUAAUCCAGAGGUUUCAAACCAGCCAGAGGAAGAGGCAUAUAUAGAGAUAAACGAAUGUGGAAUGUUGGGUGAUUUUUCAAACUAUGACAAAAUGGAGUCUCAGCCAUCAAUAAAACUUCAGAAAAGAAAUGACGAAAUGUUUGAAGUUAUCAAAGAUGACAUUACCAAACCUAUGCUUCCUGGACGCAAAGAUCGAUUAAAUGAAAGUGAAUCAAAAGAUUCUGUUGUUGAAGAAGGUCAAGGGAUUGGAGAAGAACGUCGUUCAGCCUAUCUAGAUGUGAUAUCUGUAAACCCAAAUGAAAGCCCAGAUAAUUCCUACCUGAAACCAGUUAGUAAAAUGAACGUGUAUGCAGAUGUGAUCGGUUCACCGCCCAAAGGGUUGACACAUAGUGAAAGUAACAUUAGUAAUGAAAGCAAAGCAACCGAUGACGUUGACUGUAAUUCUGUUCGUCUCAACGGGCUGAGCGGCCCCGAAGGCACUUAUCUUCAAGUUGUUCAUCAGUAA